AUGGCGCCAAUUAUAAUAGUUGGUUCCAUCAGAUUAGCACCUAGGUACGGAAGGCCAAUUCUCUCUAUGCCUGACGAGACCGGUGCCGACGAGACCAGCUUCGUGGGGGCAUCUCAGCCGAUUCCCCCCAUGCCUGACGCGGCUAACUACAUGGAGGCCGAUUCUCCGCAGGUAGAAAAUUCUACGGGAGACAGGAUACCUAAGGUUGGUAUGAAAUUCUGCACUGAAGAAGAGGCAUACCAAUUUUACAAUGCCUAUGCUCGAGACAAGGGUUUUAGUAUUCGAAGGAGCAGUUCACAUAAUGUGAAAAACAGCACCACCAUAAAGUAUAUAACCUUUUGUUGUUCUCGUGCAGGUGUUCGGCGUCCUGAUAAAAAAGAAGAAUAUUCCAGCUAUAGUAGACCAGAGACACGAUGUAUGUGUGAAGCUAGCAUGAAGAUAAGUCUUACAGAUGGAUUGUACUGCAUUUAUGAGUUUGAGCCUGAACAUAAUCAUAUUCUUGCUACUAGCAGUCAAGUUCAUCAUUUAAGAUCUCAAAGAAAAAUAACAGAAGCACAGCUUGCGAGUGUAGAAAAUGCUAAAGCAGUCGGCAUUUCAAAUAAGGCUACCUUUGAUCUCAUGGCAAAAGAAUCAGAGAAAUUAGCAGAAGAUGUGGAGAAAAGCCUAAAAAUUAAAGCUGAUUCAGAUGUCGGUACCUUAUCUCACCCACAAGGUUCACACUCCGCUACACAAGAAGAAGACCAAGCUAUCAAACCAAAAGGCUUGAAGGUUAAGGAGAAGGAAAUUCAUGGAUCUAAGAGACCAAUUGGUGGUCGAGAAGGCAACACGGCAGAAAAAAAAACCAAGAAUGACCCAAUGGCUUCUGGUUCUGCAACAGAAGCAAACACACGAUGGAAAAAGAAAGGCAAGAAUGACCCAAAGGCUUAUGGUCCUGCAGUGGAAGUAGAUAAUGUAACAUAUGAGCAACCACACUACAUCGACUGUUCAUUCUUUGGGACCCCAAACCAUGGUCAAGAUACACAACAAGGAAAUGUUACUCAGUCAUUCAAUACAAAUCCCUAUAAUGUGUUUGCCAAUUUUAAGUGA